GCAUUCCUUUGGGUGAAGAUCUUGGCUACAAUGAUCCAGAUCUUUCGGCAUGGGCUCGACAUUACCCGGCAUCAGCUCAAAGGGAUCUAUGUCGUGAAAGUGGGCAAAGUCCGCAAGUCAAGGGGCGAGGAGGAGUCGAGCUCAUCUUCCAGCAGGUGGCACGCACAGGUGAUGUGUUCCCUGCGGGAUGGACCAGCUGAUUGCGAGGACUGGGACUCCGCAGAUGCUGAGGAAGAGUAUCAGGACGGCUCCCGGCGGACCAAUCCCAAGAACGGCCCCAUCACACUGACCUUCCGCGGUCAAGUAACGACUCUUCGACCUUGGGAUCCAUCGAUCUGCCCACUCUCCGCUGCAAUUCACAAUAGUUUGGUCCACUUCCCAAUCCAGCCUAAGACCAAUGUCUUCGCCAUGUUUUGGUCUUUGCAGACCUUGAGUCACAUCUCGGACACUCUGGGCCCGACGGGACGUCUCAUUGCUGUGCUCAGCAAAGAGUCGAGGGUGAAACCAGAAACUGUUCAUCACUUUGUCAAGAGGCAUGCCAAUAGCACAGUCAUUUUUGAAGAUCCUGAGGAUGCGACCUUGGAACGCUAUGAGCGACUCUUAAGCCUGCCUGAGGAGAGCAGAUAUGCCUUUCUCAUGGCCCUACAUCCGCGCCUGGGAGCCAACAGCCCGGCGAGGAUUUUGAAGCCAGAAGCUCCGAAGAUUUGCGAGUUGAUCUUUGAUUUCCUCGUGUGCACAACACCUGCAGAGAUUAAGAGCUUAGUGAUCUGGAAUGGGAAUAAACGGCUGAUCGCGGAAGAAACCGGUGAGCUGAACAAUGUCUUUGACCAGGCACUAAAGCACGUGGAUAUUCUCCAGCGCUGGAGGAAACCCAAACGGAUUUCAAAGAAAAAGACGAAUAGCAAGGCUUCGGAGACUGAGACCUCAGAAAGCAGGGACAGGAUUUGGGUCGUCAUGGAUGUUUGUAGCAACACCACUGGUGGUGAUUUGGACAUGAAGUUGGUCAACGAGAUGGGCAGAAUGGGCUUGCUGGCCAAGGAGCAGCUGUCCCUGAAUCCCUGGUUUCCAGACCACAGCUUGUUGCUCUUUCAGAGGGGCAUGGCCACAGCUCAAAGCGAAGAAGCCAAGGCCAAGGCUGUGAGUAAAGAACAAGCCCUUCGACGGCCGAACGGAGUGUCCAUGCCAGUGCCAAGCUUCAAGGUCAAGGGCCAGGAGCCAAGGUCGGAGCCAAGGGCUACGCUGAACUAUGAUGAGGCUCAGGCUGUCUCCCAUCGAGCGCCAGGUCUCCCGGCCGAGCCGGAGGCGGUUUCCAGUCACUCAGGUCUUCACAGUUUGAUGGGGCCUCCAGGGCUUGGGCUUCCGCAGGCGAGUCAGCCGUGGAUGGCUUCAGAGGCAGCUUGCGGGUUUGAGGAGUCAACAUGGCUGAGUUAUCUUCAGGCACGGCAGGCUCAACAAGCAACUGGAGCUCGGUCGUCUCAAUGGCCCCUGCCCUAUCCGGAGGGGCUCCCCUCUGCACAGCUGUGGCAGCAGGCACACCCUGGCCGACAGCCACCAGUCUCCUGUGGUUUCAACACAGCGGGUCUUGGUCCAGCGGGUCCGGCGGGUCCGGCGGGUCCGGGUGAUUACCGUGCGCCACCAAUGGGGAAAGGAGGCCUGCCUCCAUGGCCCAUGAAUCCGCAGCCAUUUGGGCCGGAGGACCUGAAUUUCAUGUCGCUCAACCUGUGAGAACUUUCGGGGCAUCCCUGCGAAAGAAGGGGUGCCUUCAGCGGUCCUGGGCGGUUCAGCGGUCAAUGCGUGAUAUUUG